UAGUUUAAUAACACUUGUGCGAUGAUGGUUGGUGUUUAAUUUGUUCCUUUGGCUUUAUUUUUUGGCUCUAACAGUAAAACUUUUGUGUGAUUCUUUAUCAUAUCAGAAAGCUCUAGGACUAGAAAGAGCUUCCAUGCUUUCUCCUCUUUCUUGCGUCCUAUAAUUACGAGAAAACCCCUUCUUCUUCCUCCUCAAUAAUUCAAUGGCUGCUGCUGCUGCAUCUUACAAGAAAUAUGAGACAAGAAGCCGAAACCCAGACCCGAAAACCUCUCUUCUUUUAGUCAUCGACGUUCAAAACUACUUCUCCUCCAUGGUCAAUCCCAUCCUACCUCAACUUCUUACUACCAUAGACCUCUGCAGACGGUCCUCCAUCCCUGUUCUCUUCACUCGCCACAACCACAAGUCUCCCCUCGACUACGGCAUGCUUGGGGAGUGGUGGGACAACGACCUCGUUUUUGAUGGCACGGUGGAGGCAGAACUCAUGCCGGAGAUCCGACGUCUUGCGGGACAAAACGAGGUGGUGGAGAAGAACACUUAUAGCGCGUUCGAGAACACGGGGUUGCAGGAGCGGCUGGUGGAGAUGGGUGUGAAGGAGGUUAUUGUGACGGGUGUUAUGACUAACUUGUGCUGCGAAACGACGGCGCGUGAGGCGUUCGUGAAAGGGUUCAGAGUGUUUUUCUCCACCGACGCGACUGCCACGUCGGACUUGGAGCUGCACGAGGCCACGUUGAAGAACCUGGCUUAUGGGUUUGCUUAUCUGGUCGACUGCGACAGGCUUCAAGCUGGGCUCUUGGAUAAAUAAAUAAAUAUAAUAUAAAUUAAUUACUAUUUAAUCGUGUGCUUUUGUAUUUAUUUUCUUGGAGUUGAGUUUUUCUCUUCUCCUCUCUUUCCAUGAAAUGCAUGAUUGUGUGUUUUAUGCAGAAAUAAAUUAAGGUUUCUUUUG